CUGUGAAUCAUCCAUUUUUGAUUGAUUUAUUUUGGUUUUUCUACAAAUUCUAUUUAUACAAUUUACAUUGAAUUGUUUAUUUAUUUACUGAUAACAUUUGUUACAUGAUUUCUUUAACAUGUCGACUAUAAUAAAAUUCGAUCUUAAGGAAUUAAAGAAGCUCGCUACCAACAAAGACUCCUGUGUUUAUGAAACAAAAGUAACCCAAAAUUUAGCUCUUCAACCGUGGUGUUUAGGGAACCUAAAAGAGUCAAUAAAAAACCUACUGGACUAUAAAAUUGGAAAAUUUGACAAAGAGUUUGAUGGUAUACUACUGAGUUAUAAAAACCUGCAUAUUCUGCAGAAUGUAGGAUCGAUAAGGAACGACAAUGCGGACAUACACUUCCAAGUACAGGCGGACUACUUCAUUUUCCGUCCUCAUGUUGGCGCUAUGCUGAGAGGAAUUGUAAACAAGAAAAGUGUAACACAUCUCGGCAUUCUAGUUCACAGAGUGUUCAAUGUGGUAAUUCCCCGACCUACUGAGCAGCCGGGCAACAAGUGGAUAGGGACAAGUGUACAAGAAGGACAGGAGGUGGUUUUUAGAAUAGUGGUCCUAGACCUCUUUGGAGCCCUCCCAUACAUUAGAGGGGAAUUAGAUGAAAAGUCUUUAGAUGGAUUAGAUGGGGGUGAACCAGCUGAACCAAUACCAAUUACAUAUGUAAAUUUUGACAAAACUAAACCCACUAUUUACAAACAAGAUAGUGAUGAACUGGCUCCAAACGUAAAAACCUCAAAAAGAACUUCAGAAAUCAAUGGAAAAGCUUCAAAACACGAUAAGCAGUCAGAAUCCACACACAAGUUAAGUCCAAACAAAACUACCACAGCUGUUAGCCAAGACAAAGAAGAUAAGAGUACUGAGAAACCUACAAAAAGGCUAAGCAAGUCCAAAGAGCCCAGUUUAAUACCAGUAAAACUUUCGAAGAAAAAUAGAAAGGAAACAUAGAUUAUUAUAUUAAAUACAUGAAAUUGAAUUUAAUAUUAUAUGUGUACAAAAUUUUAUGAGUACCUAGAUAUCCACCUAUUUUAAAUAAACUUUGUUCUAAGCUA